AUGUCAUCAUUCACGCCGAUAAAUAUCAGUGAGGACGGGCUCGCGUUGGACGCCGAGGAACACACGCGCGAGUUGCAGGUGGAGGAGGCCUUCAAGAUCUUCCAAAGCGCGCUCAAGCACCAGAAAGACCGGCUGUUUGAGCUUGCCGAAGCCGAAUACAAACGUCUCUUCAAAUUGGAUGUGAUCACAAAAGAUGGUAACGCCCCGCCAUCGCCAACCGUCGAGACCCUCCGCUACUUGGCGUACCGGAACCGCGGCGUGCUCCGGUUCGAGAGGCUAGCGCACUCCCACGAGAGUCUAGACAAUGAUGAGGUGUACACCGAGUUCUAUGUGUGCAUGUCUGAUAUGCUAACGGCGCUAGGCCAUGGAGAAGGUGAUACACUCUUGACGGAGCUUCUCUACAGCAUCCUGUCAUAUUUCGGAUUGACGCGGCUCACGCGGUUGAUUCUCGAGUACGAAUUAACCAAGACAGACGAUGACGACAUAGUUAUCCACCGUGGGUCGUUUGUGAUGCCGCACCUCUCGCGCGUGCUUCAGAAAAAGAAGAUGAUAUUAAUGGAGUUGGGCGAUGAGGUCUCACUCCAGAACGACGAGUUUUUGGCCAAAAUAGAUGUUUCCCAGACAAAGCAAGCAGAAGUCGCGUUGUUCCAGAAGCUCAGCUAUUUGGCACCGGUCAAGGCCGAGAUCGAGGAAAACAGACGGGAGGCCAGCACUCCAACGGUUGCCCGGAUAGAGUUGAAACGGUUGAGCUGGGCCACAGUGAUCGCGCAGCUUCUUGAUACGAUGCCGAAACCACCGAAGCUGAAGUAUGUACAGGAUCCGUAUGCCCUCACCACCGACACCUUGGAGAUUAUCCGCUUUGCGAUGCCGAAAGGCGACGAGGUUGAAAUGGAGGAAGAAGAAGAGGAAGAGGAAGAAGAAGAAGAACCGGAGGUGGUGGAGAUUGAAGUCAGUGUUGAGCCCACCUUUGAGUCCUUUGAUGCCCAGCAAACACGGAAGGAAACCCCAGACCGUGACGAGGAUAUGGAAGACAAAGAGCAGACUAACGGUAUCCCUGAGUCCAAUAUUGCCGUUGACCAGGAAGUCUCACAGCCCGAAGCGGAGGUUACGUCGGCCGUCAAAGACGAUGGAAAGUCAACUACGGACCGAAACGUCCCACAGAGAGCGUCGAAGCGGAAAGCGGCUGCUACCAUCGUUGCCGACGCCAGGGUCCCCACCAUUGACGACUUUUCCGAGUCCUUGACGUUCCUUAAGGCGUUGAACAACUUUCUUGCGUUGCGCACCGUCGAAUUUCAAGACGUCAUAACUCCCUUCGUCACCAACCCCCUGUUAUUGGACCCGUUCAUCGCGGACUUUGUCACCACGCUUUCAACCUGGUCAAUCCAGGAAUCCGAAUUUUUGCUCCAGGAAUCCCAGGGAAAGAGUAACUAUGACUUGCCGUUGAUGGAGAUCCUCAACUCCACCGCCUUGAGUGAUUCCUACAUCCAACCCCCGGAUCUUGAUACCAUUAUGAGUGCCACCGAGUUGGAGAGUGUCAUCCGCGAUAUCAACUCCAAUGGAUUGCAUCUCCACCAGGUGCGACUCCUCUUUCUCGAAAAGCUUCUUGAAACCAGCGAUGUCUGUUUGAUCACCGAUUCGAAAUGGAGUCCUGAGAUGCUAAAGGCCGUGCGGAAGAUGGCGGAGGCGAGCGAUAUUUCCAUGUACACUGACAUGAAUGCUCUUUUGGUAGCCCAGGACGAGGAAAAAAUGCACCAGAAGCUCACCGUCGCAGUAUCUCUUUGCGAAAUCCUCUCUGACCACUAUAUUUCCUUGUUCAAGCGGAUGAAGAGCUUGAGACUGCAGCCAAAGAACCGCAAGGCCGUUGCCGCCUUACAGAUCGAGCUCGAUGCCACCGCCAAACGACUCGAACGGUGGAAGUACUUGUGCCACGACUUUCUCUGCUGUUUGACGGUGACCGACAAACUCCGGUUCCGGCUCGAGUGGGCCACCGUCUCCCUCCACCAGCAGUCGGAUUUCAAGAACAACGCUACGGCCAUGGAAGAGUCCUUGAAACGGUUUCUAGACAAGGCCGCCGCCUCUCCGGUGGACAUUCCCUACACCAACUACCCUAACAUUCCGCGAUUGAACUCCCAGACGGUGAGUGACCAGUUGUCAAAGAUCAACAUCUUGAGUACGUUUUCGAAGAUUCUCGAUGCCGAAACCUCCAAGGGGGACGAAACAAUCGGGCUUUUGGAAUCCGUUUUGAUGCCAUCAGAAGACGACGUGUUGACCGAAGAGCAGCUCUCGAUGGACUCAUUUGUAAAAAACUCUUCGAUGGAGUUGCAGCUCCGCUUGUGGCAGAUCUUGCUCAACUACUACGAAAUCCACGGAUUUCUCUCCAAGUACCAGGUUGGGUUCGAAAGCGCCAUCCUGAUUCUCCUUCAUGAGGUGACUUCGGCGAAAUACGUCUCCCAAACGUUCCCCCAGAGACAGCAAAUCCUUCUUCGAAUUAUCGGGUUCUUCAACGAAUACGCCAGAAACUUUAUUACCCUAUUGAAGCAUCAAGCGACAAAUUUAACGUCGCUGGGCAAGGAACACAACGCCGAAAAGUUGAACGAAUUGGUUCAAUUUUUGCGCUUGUUCUACACUUAUGCCCUUCACAUCGACCACUGCGAGAUUUCAACCACCACGCCUGUCUCUUCCAAGUCCCCCAAAGCCAGCGCUGUGCUCAAGGACGUUUUGGUCAAUACCUUCACUUUGGUGUUCCUAUACUACGUGUCAGAGCUUCCCGCUGACGACCGCUACCCAGAGAUUAUUAACGAUCUUCUGAGCAUUGUGCACGUGCAGCUAGGAGCCCGAAGCUGCUGUGAUGCCUCCGAGGGCGUGUUUUUGGAGAUGUCAUUGGAGUUGUUACUCAAGUUGAAGUGGCCUGAUUCGGUUUGCGACGUGUCUCAGAUCGUCUCGUGUCGCUAUCAUCACACCGUUUCGAUUGAGAACUUUACCCCCUUUGAGCACGACACGGCACCCGAGGAAUUGACGCUAGCCUCCGCCGUUCCGUUAGCUGAGUACCUCUUGCCGUUUUGUUUUGCCAAGAACCCCAUGUUCCAGCAGCCGAAAAACGAUUUCAAACCGCUCCUCGACGCUUUGCUUGAUCUCACAGAGAAGGUCGAGGACGAUGCGGAUCCGUUGCCUCGGAACGAAGCAAUCUUGGAAGCCUACUUGGAGACGCCUCUCUCGAACCGCCUCUUCCGCGAGUCGUUCUACGGGCUUUUGGACAUGAACUUCUCGCUGUUCAGACCCUCAAAGUACCUUGCGUUGGCCAAGACCGGGUUGUUCUACAUCCAGGGAGUGAAUGCGCUUGCCUUGUUCAAGAUUCGGAAGCGGUCGAUGCAGAGCCGAACCGUGGAGUUGGACUUUGUCAUCCGAAUGUUCCAGACAGACUUGUUCUACGGCAGUGGGAGGGUCGAGUCGUGGGUCCUUUUGGCCCAGUCGUAUGGGUUCCUUGUGGAAGAUGACCUUAUUUGGACCUCAGAUAAGUUGAACAGUGACCGUAAACAGGGUAUCGCCUUGGUCCAGCGAAAGACGCUUCUUUGCUAUCUCAUGGGUGUGAGUCAGUUUGUCCAGCUCUCGGAUCUUUCCAAGGAGUCUCGGAAGGUGGCAGCGGUGCUCUGGUCUAACUUUCUGAAAGAGCUUUACAACGCCACGAUGCCACCGAUGUCGCGACUCAGCUUUGAAGUGGUGUCGACUCCCAAGUUUGUCAAGAAGAGCCGAGGGGCCAGCUACGAGAAGAGGUUCCAGGGAAGUCCGAUGAGCCGGGAGACCCUCUACAACACGAUCAAACUUGCGUUGAAGUUUGCCAUCGAGAUGAAUGUCCGCGACUGGACGAACCACUUCUACUACUCAAAGAUUCUCUCCAAGCUUGUGUGCGACCCGAAGAUAGUGUUGAAACUGUUGCUUCAGGCUUGUGAAUGCGCGCGCAAGAGCGGCAGCAACAGCGAUCCGAUUUCGGAGCCGCACUACCGGUUGGUUUCCCAGAUCUACAAGUAUGUGAGAGCGGGAAAGAUAUCCGUUCAGACAGGGUUGAAGUACCUCAACCUGAAUCCAGUUACCAAUGUGACGGUCAUAGAGAUCGAUGGUACUCCUUUGGACCCAGACUAUCCCCAAUUCAUCCAGUUUAUCAUUUCGUCAUUGAAAAAGGUGGUGAACUACGAUAAAAAGCGCUGGCAGCACCGUCCACGCUUCCGCCUUGCCAAAAUUUAUUACGAGGAGCUCCACGACCUCGAUAGUGCGUAUGAAGAAAUUCUGACGGUCGUGUCGUUGAAGCAGACCACCAAGAAUUUGGUCAAUAUCUGGAAGCCGGACAACGAGAGGCCGGGGAAGCAUUUCCAAUACGCAGCAGAGUAUGCCCUCUUCUUUGUGAACUUACUAAUCGAGAAGAAGGAUCUCUCUAGCCUUUGUGUAUUUUACCGAAAGUUGAGAAAGUCCCACGCUGCAAUGCUUAACAUUGUGGCGGUCUGGGAGGUUACCACCGCUGCCUUGUGCUCCAUGUUUAGACAUAAUUUGGAGAUUCCUGAAGGCUUCUCUGAACAAGCCGCACAAUCGCUCAGGUUCAGUGAAUUCACAGAGUACGCGAAGGACCUUCAUUCGUUGUUCCAGGCCCGAAAGACGCUUCCGCUGCAGGAUGAGGAGAUUAUGUGCUUCUUAUACGAGGUUUCCGAAAUCAGGCGGUUGAACAACGGCUUUGGCAGCUCCACUAUUAUCGAUGAUCUCUUUGUGUCGAUGUUCCUUCUGCUCUAUAUGCGGUACUUGCCUGUGUUGAUAGCUGGUAGAGAACCGGUGGUUGUGGAUAUGCUGAAGAAGCAGCCGAGAAUCACCAGGCGGGAGCUUUUACCGCGGAUUGUUGAGCUCGUCAGAGCGGUAGAGAAGGAGGUCUUGGUGAUUGAGAAGGAUAAGGGGGAUACAAUUUUUGUCUGGAAGAAUCACAACGAGGUUAUUGAGACCGAGGACGAGCCAGUACCGGUAUUGAACGUCAGCCAGGCAAGUCAAGAUGUACAGACGGGUACCCAGAUUGAAUCAGGGGAUACAGAACUGAGGGGGGUAACCACAGACAAUAAGGAAGAGUCCUCGUUCAAACCAGAUCUACAUGAUGUGGAAUUACUGGCGGAGGUUGAAAGAGAGUUUGUGAUAGUAUCUCCAGAGAGUUCACAACAGUCCCAACCUCUUACAACAGCUCCCAACGAGCAGCAGACAGAUGUGGUUUUGGGGAUGAAAAUUUCUCCUACAACCACGCCGAAACGUGAAUCCUCGGUAUUAGACGAUGCCGACUCUCUUGUGCAGCUACCGGUGGUCAAGACUCCAUCCCGACCAACAAUCAUGGAGCCAGAAACUCCAGUGUUUUUCACCCCGUUGGGAAAUACCGCUCCUAUCUCGUCGCGCAGCAGAAGAAGAUCUUCGUCUAGCUCCGCUCUUACCAAAAGACUGAAAAUUAUGUUCGAAGGCGAGUCUUUGAUACCAUCAGCGUACCUGAUUUCCAGAAAAAUCAGCUACGGUGACCACAAGAUGGAAAACCCCGAAGAAAAGGAAGCGGGUGAUGCUGACAGUGAUAGAGUAGCACAUGAAGGUUCCGAUGACAAAGAUCAGUUUGUCACUCCUGUUUCGUCCCCCAGUCAGGCAUAA